CUUGCGGCUCCCCUACAUCACAUCGCGUUCCGUUCCCACUUUCACAGCAACCCUCCUGCAAUCCUCUCCGGCCCUCCGCACCAUUCUCAUCUCCCUGCUGGUCCUUUGCACGUAUACGCAAGCCAGCUCUCCCAGGUCCAUUGCUGAUCCUGCUCAACCCCGCUCCCACACAAACACACACACCAGACAAUAAUACCACGUAGCCAUCAUGACGCUCUACUACAGUCUGGUUUUCCUCCUCCUGGUGACGGAGAUGCUCAUCUUCUGCGCCCUCAUCGUCCCUCUACCCUUCACAUGGCGCCGCAAGCUCUUCACCUUCAUCUCGGAGAGCCCUAUAAUAGCAAAGCUGCAAUAUGGCAUGAAGAUCACGUUCAUCUUCAUUCUGAUCCUGUUCAUUGACAGUGUCAACCGCGUAUACCGCGUGCAGAUUGAGCUCUCUGGCUCAGACGACCAGGGCCGCGGAUCCGUUGCUGCUGGAGGCAUCGAGCGCAUGGAGGUCCAGGCCCGCAAGUUCUACUCGCAGCGCAACAUGUACCUUUGUGGUUUCACCCUCUUCCUGUCGCUCAUCCUCAACCGUACCUACGUCAUGAUCCUCGAUGUUCUCCGUCUCGAAGAGGAGGUCAAGACCCUCAAGGGUGACCCCAGCACCAAGAAAGGCACUUCGCUGAAGAAUGUUGGUGGUGCUGGCGAGGUUGGAGCUCUCAAGGAGGAGCUCGCUGCCAAGGAUCGCGACAUGGCGAACCUGAAGAAGCAGGUUGAGAACAUGCAGAAGGAGUACAACCGCAUGGGCGACCAGGUCUCUGGCAAGCAGUAGACGCGUACGAACGGCUUCGAACGGAUACGGAAUGCAGGCUAUGGCUAUCCUGCAGAACGGCAGGCGCACGUCCGGGAGAGGCCGUCACUACAAUUAUACCUUCAAAGUUGAAGUUUCAAGGGCUCUAUGCAGGCGGACGCCAUGUAUACGACUACAUUAUCUUUGUCCUUUGGGUGUGUUACGGUGUGGCAACGAGUUGAGACGGAGGAGAGCUAUAGUGCUGACGUAACUUUCGCACAUGGCUCAGCAGCAAUGAACAGUAGACAUAAUUGAAUUCAUGUGCUCUUCGAUCAAUAUCGGACC